AUGGCGCCGCUCCCACCUCGUCCGCGCGGCGGUAUAGGCAGCAGCAGCAGCUCCCACGUGCCUCCCGCCUAUGGCCAAACCGCGCCCCCAUCACACUCGGCAUACGGUAGUCCGCACACGCACGCCUCGCCCUUUGCGGGCUCGCACAGUCCCGCCUCGGAGUCCAACGGUGGGGCGGCGUCGUCGAGCACACCCGAGGUGGCCACCACGCUGUUUGUGGGCAGCAUCUCGCCGGGCAUCUCGGACUCGUGGCUCACACGGCUGCUCGAAGCGUGCGGCCACCUGCGCUCGCUCAAGCGCGCAUCCAAGGCGUUUGGCUUUGCCGAGUACGCCGACCCGGACUCGGUGCUGCGUGCCAUCCACGUGCUCCAGGGCCUCCAACUGCCCUCCAUGGGAGCCGAGGCAUCAGCGCCACCCAAGAAGCUCGUCGUCAAGGCGGACGAGCGCACGAAAAGGUUCCUCGACAAGUACCAGCACACGCGCGUGGCGAGCGCCAGCGAUCGCGCCAACGACGACCGCGCGCUCGCCGCUGUCAGGCACGUCGUCCGCAACAUGUCGGAUCCCAACGCAGAGGUCGAGGUGGACGCGUCGAGGCCUGGAUACGUCGUGCCCGAUCAUCUUAAGGAUUUGCCGCCCGAGGAGUUGCCCGAAGACCAGCGCGCUACGGUGCUGUCCGAGAUCGAGCAGUUCCGACUCGCUGCCGCGGCGCGCGACGCCGAGACGCGCCGGAGAGAAGCCGAGUUCGAGCGCCAACGUGCGGUGGAGCGUGCGCGGCGUGCGGACCUGCAAGCGUCAUCCUCCCGAAACGGCGAGGAUGCACAGAGCUAUCGCAAGCCGGUGGACUUUCAUGCGGCGAGUUCGUACGAUGCGCAGGCGGACAUCGUCCGGGAGCCCGAGGAUGCAGAUCAAGUGGCAGAGGACGAGCGGCGGGAGCGCGCGCAAGCUGCUGCACGCGCGGCGGCAUCCGAUGCCGAGCGUGCGUAUCUCGUGCGCGAGCGGCAGAGGUUGACGCACUGGCAGAAGGAGUCGGACCGACAAGCGGCCGAGGCGGAGCGGUGGGAGAGGGAUGCAGCGUCACAGCUGCGGCGAUGGACCGACUGGAGCGACGAGAACGCCACGCGCAAGGAGCUCUUCUACACCGACCGUCCACGGUGGCGGCAAUUCCGUGCACCCGCACGGCGCAGAGAGCAAGAAGCGGAUGCACGCGACCGCGAGUUGGAGCAGGACGAGAAAGCGCGUGCCCAACACGAGUCCGAGACGUUCCUCGCGCAGCAGGCGGCGGACAUGGCGCGGCUUACGCAGCAGCAGCGUGCAGCGGGCGUGCUGGUCGACAGCUCCCUCGCGCCCAUCAAGAUCACAUUCACCGGUACCGAAGCCGGCCCCUCGGCCACCGGCAGUGCGGUCAAGGUGUUGGGGGAGGAGGAAGACGAGCAGACCAAACGCGGGCUCAAGCACAUCCAUCUUGGCGAGUCGCUCUCUGCGCGCGAGCGUGCGGAAAAGCUGGCGGCGAUUGCGGCGGGGUUGCCCUCGGAUACGGCCGAGUUGCUGGCGCAGACGCCGGGGUGGGAGUGGAUCGACGCCGCCAUGGUGCGCAAGUACCGCAGCUGGGUGGAUGCGCAGAUCGAGGAGAGUCUGGGCGAAAAGGUGGACGAGCUGGUGAAUGUGGUGGUCGAGACGAUCCAGUCGCACGCAAGUGCAAGUGCGCUCGUCGAGGUCGUCGAGCCAGUCCUCGACGACGAGGCCGAAGCGUUUGUCGAGAAGCUCUGGCGCAUGCUGUUGGUCGACUCGCAGGCGGCUGCUGCUGGCAUCCUCACGUCGUAG